UUGCGGAAGAAAUGGCCCAGAAAUAGAGGAGAAAAGCGGUUCUCAGCAGUUCUCCGCAUCCUGCGGUACUUCAAUACAGCUUCGUGCACUUCGUUAGUUAGGAUUUGCGUCUGUGCACAAACAGUGUUUGGGUUUCCACGCAAAAGCUGGUAUUUUCCUCUCCGAAGCAGCGUAAGAGCUCCAUGCUUUCCCCAAGGCAGCCCUUUAAAGUGUCCAGGGCUACAGGGUGGAUAGAUGAUAGAUGAGCACUCUCAUCCCCUCAGGAUUUCUCUGUCGGUGAAGACUCGGCCUUUGAGGAGGACAAAGGAUAGUCAGCCAGUCCUGAUCACCUGAUCACCACUAUGUCAGCCCUAGACCCUUACCAGUACAUCAUCGUAGAGCAGCAGUACUCUCAUAAAUUCAAAGUGAAAGUGCUACGGGCAGAAAAUGUCACCAAAGGAGCUCUGGGUGACUUGUUGGACACUCCAGACCCCUAUGUGGAACUGUUCAUUCCUACGGCUCCUGAGAGCAGGAAGAGAACCCGGCACAUAGAUAAUGACAUUAACCCAGAGUGGAAUGAGAGCUUUGAAUUCAUACUGGACCCCAACCAGGACAACGUUCUGGAGUUGACUUUGAUGGACGCUAAUUAUGUGAUGGACGAGACACUGGGGUCGGCAUCGUACAACGUUUCCAAACUCAAAGUGGGACAAACGGAACUGGUGCCGUUUCUCAUAGGAAAGGCAACCAAUGUGUACCUAGAGCUGAGUCUGGAGGUGUGUUCUGCCAUGGACUUGCGCUUCAGCCUGGCGCUGUGCGACAAGGAGAAGCUGUACAGGCAGAAGCGGAGAGAAAGAGUCAUGCUGGGCAUUAAGAAGCUGCUGGACAUGGAGAAACCUCGCUUUCUGCCUUCUUCCCCCCACGAGGUUCCUGUGAUCGCCGUAGUAGGAUCAGGCGGUGGCUUCAGAGCGAUGGUCGCGUUCUCAGGGGUCAUGAAGGCUCUGUAUGAGUCGGGAGUUCUGGACUGUGCCACUUACGUCGCCGGUCUCUCUGGAUCCACCUGGUAUAUGUCCACGUUGUACUCUCACUCCGAGUUCCCCAAGCAGGGUCCAGAGCAGAUCAACAAGGAGCUGAUGAAGAGUGUGAGCAGCAGCCCUCUCCGACUGCUCCUGCCCCAGCACAUCACCAACUACGUACAGGCUCUGUGGAGCAAAAAGGCCGGAGGACAACCCGUCACAUUCACUGACAUCUUUGGCAUGCUGAUCGGAGAGACUCUCAUUCCCGCUAGAAUGGACACUAAGUUGAGUGAGCUGCAGGAGAAGAUAAAUGAGGCACAGUCUCCGAUGCCUCUCUUCACCUGUCUGCAUGUCAAACCAGAUGUAUCUGAGCUUAUGUUCGCUGACUGGGUGGAGUUCAGCCCCUAUGAGAUUGGCAUGGCUAAAUAUGGCACAUUCAUGACCCCUGACCUUUUUGGGAGCAAGUUCUUCAUGGGAACUGUAGUUAAGAAGUAUGAGGAGAACCCUCUGCAUUUCUUAAUGGGGGUGUGGGGCAGUGCCUUCUCCAUCCUCUUCAACAGAGUGCUGGGGGUGAAGGACGUGCCUGGUGGAAGCACCAUGGAGGAGGAGCUGGAACAGAUAAAGCCGCAGCAUAUCGUAGGGGAAGACAGCCUAGAUGAUGAAGAACCACGCAAAGCUGGAGUGGAGGAUGACCAUCGGCAUGCUCAGGCCAGCUGGAUACAGCGCAUGGUCACCUCGCUGUUCAGCGACUCCAGCCUGUUCAACACGCGCGAGGGCCGAGCCGGAAAAGUGCACAACUUCAUGCUGGGCCUCAACCUGAACGCUAGCAUUCCCUACUCGCCUUUCACUGAGAUCCUGACCCCAAACAGUCCUGAAGAGGAAGUAGACGCUGUCACAGACCCAGACGAGUUUGACCGCAUCUAUGAGCCGCUAGACGUGAAAAGCAAGAAAAUCCAUGUCGUGGACAGCGGCUUGACCUUUAACCUCCCCUAUCCUUUGAUUCUGAGACCUCAAAGAGGCGUUGACCUCAUUAUCUCCUUCGACUUCUCAGCCCGGCCCAGUGACUCAAGCCCCCCUUUUAAGGAGCUUUUGCUGGCGGAGAAAUGGGCACGCAUGAACAAGCUUCCAUUCCCCAAAAUUGACCCCAAAGUGUUUGACCGGGAAGGGAUGAAAGAGUGCUACGUCUUUAAGCCCAGAAAGGGUGACAAGAACUGUCCCACUGUCAUCCAUUUUGUCUUGGUUAACAUAGACUUCAGGAAGUUUAAAGCCCCAGGAGUUCCUCGGGAGACGGAACAGGAGAAGGAGUUUGCAGACUUUGACAUCUUUGAUGAUCCUCAGACGCCGUACUCCACCUUUAACUUCCAGUACUCCAACCAGGCUUUCACCCAGCUCCAUGACCUCAUGGAGUUCAACACACUCAACAACAUAGAGGUGAUUAAAGAGGCCAUAAAAGACAGCAUUGUGUACAGGAAGGAGAAUCGAACUCGCUGCUCCGUGUCCCUCUCCCUCAGUGAGAUCCAGAACAAGAGGUUUCUGAAGAGAGAUACCAGGGGACAGGCCCAUAAGUGAAUCAGAGGAGGAUUCUGACACGUCAGCCGUAGGUGUUGCAGGACAAGCCGUUUCUGGGAAUACAAGUUCUUUGGGAAAGAGUUACCACUGACGUUACUGCCUAAUUAUCAAUAUCUGCUCUAACUGAAUUCUAAAUUAUUUCAAAUAAUUGGGCUUUGCCUGAGGAAAAAAACUGCACCUUGUUCCACAACACAGGUGUCACAGGUGUUGCAUGUUUACAGAUGUCGCACAUCUCAUUGAGCACAUUUCGCUUUUUUAUUCACUUACAUCUCCAUGAAAUGUGAAUUAAGAAACUCGGUACAGUUACUCAUGAAACAGACAACUCAAGGAGUUCUCAGCCAUGGAAUCGGAGACUGAUGCGACUUUAGGGCUUGAGGCUGUAGCCUUUUAAAAGUCCUACUAAAGAAUGCUAAGGUUCAGAAGUAGUAGUGCGAGUGCACUGGGACUCCUAAGUGCAUUCGAAUUGUAAACAAACCUUCAUGAUAAACCUUCUCAAUCAAGUCUCUCUGCACUGGUGUACAGUAGCAGUGCUUCCCUUGUAUUAAUUAUUAUUUUACUUUUAUUUGUUUGCAUAAUUCGAUCAUUAAGAUUUCAUUCAUAAGAAGUCCUUCAGAGUGUUUUGGGGUGAAACGGUGGAUUGUAAACUUGCUGACUUUGGGAUUUCUUUACAGUGGUAGCGAUAGGAACCUGGGGUCGUAUUACAGAAACCUCCUAUCUUUGCUGUCUUAAGUUAAGGUCUGACUGGUCAAGAUAGGAUUUUUCACCAGUUUGUAUUACAGAAGCAAAACUUAUCUUAAUUUAAGAAUCUUAUCUUAUCUUACAGCAUCUUUUCUUACCUCAAGUUAGGAAAUCUUAACUUACUCGAUCGACACUAUCGUGUCUGUUGCCUAGCAACCGACCAUAUGCGCAGAGUUGAAAUUUAAAACGUAAUCCAGUUAGUUAGCCAGACAGCUAACGUUAGCUACCGUUACUGAUGUAACAAAGGUCAAAUAAAACUAAAGCAUGAUAAACUGUAAGUUGUGAUUACUGUG